AUGCACACCCUCCUUCUCCUCCUUCUUCUCCCCCUAUCCUGGAUCCUCUACACCACCUACCACCUCUACCAAAACUAUCAAACCGCACUACAAACCCAGCUCCCCCUCAUAAUCCUUCCCUCCAGCCCGGACAAUCCCCUCUGGGUCCUCACGCAGCGCUUCAUCCUCCCCCUCAUCCGUCUCCUAUACGGCGAAUGCGAUAUCACGCGCUAUGGCAAACUGGGCUGGGAAUACUACGUCAAGUAUCGUGUGCAUAGGGAAAAGGGAGAUGCGGUUAUGCUGGUGACGCCGGGGUUUAACUGGGUUUAUGUUUGUGAGAAGGAGGCGUUUGUGGAGAUUUUUCGGAAGAGAGAGGGGUUUCCGAGACCGGCGGAGAUGCUGGCGAUGUUGGAUGUUUUUGGACCUAAUAUUUCUACCGCCAGCGGCGCAGACUGGCAGCGCCAACGGAAAGUCACCGGCGCACAAUUCAACGAACAAAAUAGCAGCACGGUAUGGAUCCAAGCACUAACCCAAGCAAACGAAGUACUAGAAUACUGGAAAACGCUACCAACACCCAUUCGUCGUACUCAUAAAGAUACGAGAACGCUAUCUCUUCAUGUGUUAUCGGGCGCUGGGUUUGGGAAGCCGUAUUCAUUUACAAAGGCAGCGGAAUCUCCUUAG